AUGUGGAUGGAGGAGACCAGUGACGUCAAACGGAAGAUGACUCCUUCGAUUCCAGCUAACUACGUAACCAUCCUUCAGCUCCGGGAGCGAUGGAUCAAAGAGAAGCAGCGAAAGGAACAAGAAGAAAAAGACGAAGAGAGACGACGUAAUCAACACGCCGAAGAACAGCAAACGAUAGAUGAAGAUCCGAAGAAACCGCGGGAGGAUCUCGAUGAGAUGCGUUUGAAUCAAAGCGAUCAGAAGAAGCAUCGGGGCGGGAACAGUAAGAAAGACGAAUCUACUGGCGGCGGAGAAGCAAGGCGGGGUGAGGAAGAGGAGGAGGAAACGGCGGCGAUCGGGAGCGAGAGAGGUGAAGACGAUGGAUUACAGGAGAAGAAGAGGGGGCGUAGGAAACGAUAUGAUAGGAAGAAGAAGGAGAGAGCAAAUCAAGACGUGGAAGAGUGUGGAUCAAUCAAGACGCCUGAGUGCACAGUGAAGGAGGAGAACAAUACUCCGGUGAAAGAUCAGCAGCUUCGAGUUUAUAAGAAGAAAGAAGAAAAAGCUAUGGGAAACAAAAGUGUUGAGAAAGCUGUGACGGUGGCCUUUGAAACACAAUUUAAGCAUCUUUCUAUUCAAAGAGGCCAAGAAACCAAACAUCUCAAGGCACUAACGAGAAAGAAUGAUUCGCCUCUUGGACGUGUUGGAAUGCCGAUAGAGACAGCUGCAAUGGUGUGGGUGAAGAAAGGGUAA